AUGAAAACGACCGCAACUCAAAACACUAAUCCCCUCACUAAUGGACCAAAAAAAACCAACCCUGUAAAAAGACCGAAAUUCGGUGCCUUUGUUGCAAUCAACGUGUGGUUCUCAAACCGUAGAGCGCGCCUGCGCAAAAACUGCGGCAACCCGAACUCCACCAACCCUCUAACCUUUCCGACGUUGCCGUUCACGAACGUGUCAUGCCAAUACCCGACCGAGACUACCGCGCAGCAGGAAUGGCGCAACGCGCAGUUCCACAACUACAACAUGAACAUGCUGCAACACGCAUCCUAUCAGCAGGAGUACGCGCGCGCCGGCGCCGACUACUCCCCGUUCUACGACGUCAAUUACGCCUUAGCGCAGCAGUUCAACCAGCAAGCCACCCUCAGGUCGAAAGAGACCGCGGAGAAAGAGCUCGAUCUGACAACAGAGCAUGCGGGCAACAACAACGCCCCGCCCAACAGCCUCGCCGAGUGGCACUCGAUGCAGGACACAGGUGGGGGUGGCGGGCACUACGGCAACGCCGCGGCAGGUUUCGCGCACGCGCAGACGCACUACAACGUUGCCAAUAAGCAGCAGAAUUAUUGGACAUAAAGAAUAUCGUGUUUUUUUUGCUUUUCGCUGAAGAGUUGCCGGUUUUUUCAAAUUGAUUUGUAUAUUAGCUGAUAGUUAUUGACUUAUAUAUAUUUAUUAGAAUAAGUAACGAUUAUUAAGCUG